AUGCAUGUCUUCUCUGGUUUAUCGUUAUUCUUGGUGGUUUUGACACUCUUCGGUAUAUUCAACAUAGCCAUCGCGGCGGCUGGGGAUAUUUCCGGCAAAAAUAAUCCGAACACAGCGGGAUGGCGCCACGCCAAAUGGGCUCGGAACCUGGCGUCUUUGGUGGAGAUUUGCACACGAUGUGCCGUAAAAGACUGCACUAUUCCCAGACGACAGUUUUCCACAUCAUGUGUAUCACAAGUCGAUGACCUGAAAGGGAAGCUUAGUGGGAUUAAUAAUCCCCUAUGCAUUUCCUUUCAACCCAACACACUGAUUUCGAGGGGUGAUGAUACCUGCAUUGUUGAGGAUCCUGUUAAUCCGGGUGUGGUCUUUCAUUUGCAAGGAGUUUUUCUGCAUGCCGCUCCGGAACGUUUACCACGGCACGGAGAGCUAUGUAUAGGCUUCAUCAGAACCAUCCAGGCUGAGGAGUCGCCGCUAAAGGCACUCGUAGUGUUUGUUCUCUUAAAAGAAUCCUCCAUUCGCGCCGCCUUUUCUAGGGGGUUGAGGAACAUUAUAGUGAAUCUCUCCAAUUUGGAGCCACACCGCACGACAAAUGACUCGUUCGGUCAAUUUUCAAUAGCCUCACUUUUGUCUAUAGCACAAAGCAAUGCCACGUAUCGGGUCUCCGCGACUUUAUCGCCGUGCGAGAAUCUCGUCAAGCUGCAGGCCGCUAGAAAAGAGGCUUUGACAAAGGAUUCAUACCCAUUAUUGAGUGUAAGAGCUUGGAAGAUUUAUCACUUGGUCGAUUUUAACCCUGUUAUGGAUUCAAAUACGCGUGAACAAAAAAGUGUUGAUACGGUCUCACUUUCACGAUACCACAAAAAGGGAACUAAGGGGAACAUAAUGGAGGAAACGAACAGUCGGGGUAGUAUUGGUGCAGACAAAGAAGAUGUCCGUGUGUGUGCUAAUCGAAUCUUAACCAUUUCUCCUACCUCCACCCACCAACGCGGAGGUUCGCGAGGGCGGUUCGCACUUAACAAUUCCCCUGACAAAGCGCCGAUCAGCAGUGCGGUAAGUUCCUCGAAACGAAAAGUCUCUCCUUUUGAAGAAAAUUCUCUUAAAAAUCCGAGUUUGAGGUCCUGGGACAAUAAUCCAUCCUCUACACUAACUGAGUCAUCGACGAGCAAGUUUAGAUCAAUAAUCCCGAGAGUGAUAAAUUACAUGAAGGAACACUAUGCUCGUUUGCUUAUAUGUCUUAUUCUAGCGCUUGUUUUCUUAGCUGCUAUAAUUUUAGCCUACAAGUCGCGAUAUCGAUCUCGAUACAUCGUGAGAAAUAUUCCUAACGAGGAACGGCCUCUUUUCAGCUCUCCCGAUGCAUUUCGAUACGGUAUAUUUUAA